AUGGUUGGAGUUAUCUUUGGCGAGCAGGGCGAGGCCAUUCGACCACCUUACCUAGUUAUGCUCUGUCAACUAUUGGGAUACUCGGCCCGCUCUCACCACCUCACCAGAUUUGACGACCCGUCCCUUGAGAUACUGGAGAGCUGUGCCCACGAACCUAAUUACAACCGCAUCGCACUGAUCGAAGCCAACCCAAUGAUUUUACCGCGAGGGGAGAUCAACCGAUCCGCCAUGCCGGCCGCACGCAAUCCUCACGAAAUGCCAACCGUGGCAUUCGCGCCACUAGGGCGUCGCGAUGUGCCUUCUGAACAAGUCGGCAUUAUUGUCGGCUGUUGUCUGGGCGCGAUUGUGCUCGUGCUGCUGCUCGUCUGGUGUAUAUGGUCAGCAGGCCAGCGUCGUGCGUGGCGAGAGGCUGGCCCGCCCGAAGAAGAUUUCAUCUAUAUCGAGGAGAGCGACUUUUCCGGCAGUCGAUCAAGUCGGAGGCGACAGCACGAGGCGUACAGGCUACAUGUCGAACGCCUUCGCCAGAUGCAUCUCCUGCAGCAGAUGCAAGCUCAACAGUCUUCAGGAGCAGGUUUUCCGCCAUUCCCGAGGUCGAUUCCUCCGCCAACGUUGAGGCCGGGAGAGAAGCCUGUCUAUCGUGUCAAGCGCCAGGAGCCACGAUACAACACGUGGGAGUAUGCCACCCGUGGACGAAGAUGA